ACUAUGAUCACUGCAGCAACAGCUUCUACAAACACUUCAGCAGCAGCAACUAUGAUCACUGCAGCAACAGCUACUACAAACACUUCAGCAACAGCAACUAUGAUCAUUGCAGCUACUGCUACUAUGACCACCGUGGCACCAGUUGCCAAUGCGACUGCAGCAGCAGCAACAACCAUCAUACCUGCAGUGGCCAGUAUUUCUCGACAAGAAUGUGGCUCCUCAAAGCUCUGUGCAGCUGAACCCUCAAAGUGCGAUCCCUCUUCCACAACCUGCUAUUUCGUUUCUGCCAAGCAACAAAGUGGCCAAACGUACAACUUUGAGCUCUCAGGACAGACAGACGGCUACAUUGCUGCUGGUGUGUCAAAUGCUGCAUCUGAGUCUGCCAGUCACAGAGCCUAUUUCUGCGCUAGCCACAAAGGUGCUGUCCGUUUCUUCACUGGCUUCAUCAAUAAUCUGGUUCUAAAUCUCACACAGACACUAACAACAAGCAAUGUGAAGGGAUCAGUCAACUCAGGAAAAAUCCAGUGCACAUUUUCAGCUGACCUACCUGACACGACGACACGAGCAGCAGAUUAUGCUUUGUCUGUUACAACUGGAACUUACGAUGCCACUUCCGGGGAACUGGGAAACGCAAACUUCAGAAUCCUAACACCUCUUGUGAACCUCUCUGACACUACCACCAACGUCACCAAUUUGCUGAGCAACAGCGCUUCCUCUGCUUAUCGGGUCACACACACACAGUCAUUCUUGCCAGUUCUGCUGGUCACCGUGUCUAUGCUGGCUUUCACAGCAGUAUGAAGCAACUUAUCUCCACCAUGUUAGAAAAAGGCCGUAACGUCUCUAUCAGUGAACACAGACGACUAAGAUCAAAAAUGGAGCAGGUCUUGGACAGAUUUUCCUACUUUGGUAGGAUCCAUUUUGUGCUGACUCAGUUUUUUUUAUUUUAAGAACAACUCUUCAAGCCUCUGCUCCACUGCUUGGUGACAAGUUUACAACCCUUUGUGAUUCUGAAUCAAAAGAGAAAUUAUGUCAAAUGCUUCCUCUUUAGUUCUAUAAAACUAUUUACCCACAAGACUUCUGGAAUUCUGCUCUGUGAUGUAAAACUUUUCUACAAAUGAAGGAAAAACUGAUUUUUUUCAAGAGUCAAAAAUAUGUCAUCAUGCUUGACAGCAUUUGUGUUUCAAGGUCUGGUUAUACUUUAGAAGUCUAUUUUACUGGUGCAUGUUGAAAUCUUCAGUUCUUAUUUCUUUUGACACUGCAUUGUUCUUUGUUGUAAUAAUGGCGUUAAUUAUUUAGCAGUUCCUUGAUUAUGAAGUCUUUAAUGGCUGAUGUGAAUGAACAUGUUAAAACAAUUAAGAUGUUAAAUGUGGUAAUACAUGUUGAAGGUGAUUAAAAAAUAUGCACAAAUUGAA